CGCCAUCCUUCACCACUCCUCUCCUCUUAUAAACCCUCCACCUCACCUCACAAAAUAAACGUCUCUUUGGGUCUCUCUUUCUCGUUUGCACUAGAAGCUUUGAUACUUUUUUUAACACGAGGCUAAAUAAGUAGCUAUAUUCGCUUGCCAUGGAUCAACCACCACCGUACCAGCCAGAGUUUGUCCCAAUGAAAGGAAAUAAGUACAUGCGUCUAGAAGACCCUCACGGAGCACCCAAGUUCCAACAUACCGUCGUCUUGGGACAGCCACAGCCCGUUGUACCUCAGCCCAGGGAUCACAUUAUCUGGUCACUUUGCAGCCUCGUGUACGGCAACCCAUUCUGUCUCGGAAUGUUAGCGGUGUAUUUCUCCAUAAAGUCCAGGGAUAGGAAGAUGGUUGGAGACUUGGAGGGAGCAAGAAAACACGGGAACACUGCACGCUGCUUUAAUACUGUGACCCUGACCCUGGCAAUCCUCGGGCUGCUCUUCCUCUUCAUCACCUAUGGUAUCAUCAUCUACCAAGUUGCACACUGAGUAGUCCCAGUCUUUGCUUUUGUAAAAAGUGUUCAUUUGGAGUCUUUCCAGAUGACACACCUUUAGGAUUGUGUCCUGAUACAUUUCUCUUACACACACACACACACUUCUUUAGUUUUGUGUUUUAGAGAUGCAAGAUGAUUCUGUUUAAGUUGUAUUCAAAUGUAUUUUUUAUCAAUAAAUGUAAAUGUUUUGUAAAUG